AUGUCGCUACCUUACGGACCACCAGUGAAAGUUUCCCCUUUCAUAAGAGCUGCAAGGUAUGCACUAUUAGUUGCCGGCAUUUUUUAUGGCAUCAGUAAACAAAUGUUAUAUAAUUCCUUGGAAGCGUCAUGGCGUCGAGAAGAAGCAGAACGACAGAAGAAACGGGACAUAGAAAACGCAAAAUUAAGAGCGAAAAUUGCCGCCGAAGAACGAGAGGUGGUGCGUCAAAUGGAGAGCGGUGAACUUUUUAAGCCUGGAAGAAUUUAG